AUGUCCCUCGCCACUCUCGACACCUCCCAACACCCCUCCCUCCCCACCGCAUCCACGACCCUCUUCAACGCUAAAUCCACCAAAAAACUCACCUUCGAACAAAUUGCCCACCACCUCAACCGCUCCGAAGUAGCCGCCGCCGCCAUCUUCUACGGCCAAGCCAAAGCCUCCCCCGAAGAUAUCUCCAACCUCUCUUCCCUUCUCGAGAUUCCCAAGCCGGUACUUGAAGAGCAGCUAGGUGGGUUUCCGGACCGGGGUCGGUCGGUGGAGAUGCCGCCUCGGGAACCGUUGAUUUAUCGAUUAUAUGAGAUUGUGCAGAACUAUGGAUAUGCAUAUAAGGCGGUUUUGAAUGAGAAGUUUGGGGAUGGAAUUAUGAGCGCGAUUUCGUUUUCGACGAAGGUGGAGAAGGAGACUGAUGAAGGGGGGAAUGAUUGGGCAGUUAUUACGUUGAAGGGGAAGUGGUUGCCAUUCUCGAGGUUCUAA